AUGCCUGCACCGCUGCCGGUCGUGUCCGGCCACAGGGACGAGGACGAGGAGGCGGAAUGCCCGGUCUGCCUCGAACCGCUCAGCUUCAGCUUCAGGCUCCCUGGCGAGAAACCACAUAUAGUACCCGAAUGUGGGCACGCGCUUCACGAGGCGUGCUUUACAGCAGUCUAUGGACCCCCGCCCGGCCAACGCGCCAUCCGAAAAGCCAACCUCGGCGUAUGUGGCGUAUGCCGAAGGACCAUGAAAGUCGGUGAUGGAGACGGUGGAAAAUCCAACAAACUCGCGGCGCUCACCGGCAUGGGCGAUCGCAACACCUCGCUCUACCCAGGCCGCGAGACGCCCGGCUCCAUGCGCGGCGGCGCGCGGCGGAACGGCCAGCCCGCGCCCGCGCCCUACGACCCCACGCAAGACGAUCCGCUCGACCACCACGCGGGCUCUGUCAAGACCGCGAGCUCCGCCGAGCACGCGCACUACGUCGUCGCGCCCUCGAUCCAGGUCCGGCCCGAAUUCGCGUCCAUCACGCGCGCCACCGACCAGGCCACGCAGCCGCUCACCUGCAUCGUCGUCGUCGAGCUCCCCGGCCGCCGCCGCCCGGGCGCGGUGCCGGGUCCCGCGCCGCAGGACGGCAGCCCGAUGAGCCCCCAGCAGCAGUCGCAGGCGCUCGUGCAGUCCCCGCACCAGUCGCAAUACAGCGACGCGGGCGAGACCGCGCUCUACUCCCCCGGAGGCGGCACGGCGAGCAGCAUCAUCUACUCGGACGAGGACUCCCCCUUCGCGGCGAUCACCGACGACCUCCGCGCGCGGAUCGUCGACUGGAAGGGCCACUCGCCGGAGGGGCUCGGCCCGCUGCAGAUGUACGACCUGCUCUCCGUACGGCGCGACGCGCUCGUGCGCGAGUUCUACGUCUACCUCUUCAAGGAGGCCAUCAUCUGCGUCUCGGAGGAGAAGAAGCGCUCGCUCGGGCGCUUCCUCACUGGCGUCGCCGAGGGCGGUGCGCCCGCGCCCGCGAGCGCCACCCGCGGCGUGCUCCGGCUCAAGGGCCGCAUCUUCAUCCGCCACAUCCGGCGCGUCACGGACACAAGCGUAGCGGGCGAGCUGAGCUUGACGAUCGACAUGGAGGACGAGCGGCUGGACUCGUUCAUCCUCGUCUUCCGCGACCGCUCCUCGCUCGAGACGUGGAAAGCACACAUCCAGGAGCUCGUCGCGCUCUUCCACCGCGAGCAGCAGCAACAGCUCCCGCCGGCGCCGCAGCCGCAGCCGCCGUAUCCGGGCCAGCAGCCGGACCUGGAGGAGUUCGGCGGGAGCGCCAAGGCGGCGCGCAUGCUCUCCGGGAGCACGGCGACGACGGUGAGCACGGUCGACAGCCUGCUCAAGGGCGGCUCGCAGCGCUCGACCAUGUCUUCGUCUACGUCCCACGGCUCUGGCUCAUCAUCCCACGCCCCGCACGCGGCUUCUUCACAGGCGCAAGGGCCGUACGGCGCUACCAAGCUCGCCGCGCUCGCGGAGGACGAGGAACUCGGCGCGGGCGCGUACGACGACGGACACGCCGCGCUCGUCACGCCCCACCUCAGCGCCGGCCCGAGCAACUCGCUCACCCCGCUACAGCACCCGCAUCUGGACCUCAUCCUCGUCGUCUCCCUCCCUCCGCCGAGCGCCGUCCCGAGCACGGCCGCGCUCAAGGUGCGCGUCAUCAAGGCCACGCUCGACUUUAUCAUCGCCAGCCUGGGCGCGAAGGACCGUCUGAGUUUGGUCACGUUCGAGGUCGGCGUCGGCGGCAGGGUGCGCAAGACGCCGUUCUUGUGCGUGGGCAGGACGCAGAGCCGGGCGAGGCUGAGCAAGUUUGUGGACGAGAUCGGGAUGCGAUGGGAAGAGGGUCAGGGCGAGGACGAGUUUUUGGUGCGAGGGUCGAAGGAUGAGAAGACGGAUGUGGUGACCGCGGUCAAUCACGGCCUUGACGUCGUGCUGCAGCGCAAGGCGCGCAACCCAGUGUCGGGCAUGAUCCUGAUCAGCGACGCGGCAGAAACGACCCGCCGGGCGCAGAUGGACCUCGUCCUCGCUCGAGCGGAGGCGGCGAACGUGCCCAUCCACUCGCUCGGUUACGGUCGCUCGCACGACCCGGCCUCGCUCUGGCUGAUGUCGAACCACACGAGCGGGACGUACACGUUCGUGCGGGAUUGGUACGACCUCAGGGAUUGUGUCGCGGGCUGCGUCGGCGGGAUGAUGUCGAUGGGCAUCACCAACAUGAAACUCCACUUCAAGAUCGUGGACGGGAACCGGUUCCAGAUUCGCAAGGUUUCCGGCGGGCCGCAGGCGAUCGUGAGCUCGGACGGGAAGCACGUCGACAUCGACGUGGGCGAGCUCCGCUACGGCGAGCGAAAGGAGAUCCUCGUCGAACUCGAGCUCGACAACUCGGAGCUCAUCCGCCCUCAGUACGGCGGCGGCGGCGGCGGCCAUGGCGGCGCGCGGCACCUGAACGCGACGGACGAGUUCGUGGCGCGGAUGGGGCUCGACGCGCUCGCGAUCGGCGCGGAUGCGGCCGACCUUGCGGACGCGACGAUGGACCGGAUGAUCGACGAGGUGCCGGUGUUCGAGGUCGACGGCGCGUUCUUCGAUCCGAACGCGGCCCGGCACGUCUCCCGCCUCACGCACCCCGUUCUGCUCACGAUCACGCUCUUGCCCGCGACGCCUGGCGGACGCCCGCGCACGCCGAGCGGCGCGUCCGACCCGGUGAUCGUCCGUCGGCGGAUGGAGCUGCUGACGUCGGACAUGAUCACGCGCGCGCUCGUGCUCGUGUCGCGGAAGAACUACCCUCAAGCGCAGACGAUCCUCGGCGAGACGAAGCGCGUGCUGCACACCGUGCUCCAGAGCGUGACGCAGACGCUGCCCGCGCCGAGCGCGGGCUCGAUCCGGAACCGCCGCGAGAUCCUGACGCUGUCGUGCGUGAGGUGCAUACAGGCGAUGCUGCAGGACCUUCAGAUCCUCGCGGAGGCGCUCGAGGACAACGUCGACCUGUUCGGGCACGACCAGCGCAACUUUGGCGCGCAGCAGGCUAUGAUCCUUCGCGACCAGAAGGCGUGGAGUGGCCGCAGCGCGACCGAGCGGCUGUUCUGGACGAUCGACAACUCCAUCGAGCUCGUCGCGCGGAGCAACGACUGGGUCGCCCGCGAUUAA